CCAACAGCGGCUAACCGAAUUGUGUGUGCGAACAUUUGAGUAUCGCAUGUCGAGGAGAACUGAAAUCGCGCUUUGUUCUACGUAGUAUAUUUAGUUAAGUUGAGAUGAGAUGCUGCUGAUUACUGUGUGCGCGCAUCAAUAAUUAGCUAGUCUCAGCCAAAGCGCCAGUCUAACACCAGCAGGCUUCUGACAAAAAGAAUUAUGACGAUCCGGUUAUAUAUUUACGUAUUUUUGGCGAUUGCGACAACGGUUAUACCACAAUUUCUUGUGGCUGUAACAAGCUAUGGAUCCUGCUUUACUCCCAACCGCGUGGAAGCUAAUUGUAUUAGCUUAGAAGAUUGUCGCUUUCUUUUCGAAUUGGUACAAGAUCCCAAUCUUUCACAAAACGAUCGCGCAUACUUGCGUAGCAGUCAAUGCGGAUAUCGUAAUCGUAAAGUAUUGAUAUGCUGCCCCCCUCAAUAUCUCACACAAAGUGCCACUACGCCUGCGCCGCCCUUGCCGCCAGUCACUCCCGCACCCGCACCCGCACGUGCACCUGUCCCAGUCCACGCAUCGCCAGCUGCCGUGCUGUUUCCGCAAUCUAGCGGUGCAGCACCAGCAAGACGCCCAGCGAAUAGCCUAAGCAGUGGCAUCGUCAGUGGCGGCAGCAGCAUUGCUUCUUCGCUACCUCAAUUUCCUCAAUGUGGCAAUGUGCUUGACAACCGUAUUUAUGGUGGCACCGAGACAGCGAUUGAUGAAUUUCCUUGGACCGCCUUGAUUGAGUACACGAAACCUGACGGUGUAAAGGGGCACUAUUGCGGUGGCGCUUUGAUUAGUGACCGCUAUGUGGUAACAGCGGCUCAUUGUGUUAAACCUAGUGAUCUCCCUGCUAGUUGGUCCUUGACUGGCGUUCGUUUGGGCGAAUGGGACACUCGCACUGAUCCCGAUUGCAACAAAGAGGGUUGCGCGCCAACUCAUAAAGAUAUUACCAUUGCACAGAGUAUGCCACAUCCGGAUUAUGCGAAUCACAAUGAUCCCAAUGACAUUGCAUUAUUACGUCUUAACGAGUCCGUACGAUUCACAGAUUUUGUUAAACCAAUUUGCUUACCCACAACACAAAAUUUACGCAUGGACACUUUUGUCAAUACUGCAAUGGAUGUAGCCGGUUGGGGUUCAACGGAAAAGAGUCAAAGUAGUCCCGUUAAGUUGAAGGCCACAUUAAAGGUUAAGGAUUUAGAUGUAUGUCGUCAGAAGUAUGCGCAAUUGAAUGGCAUACGAUUGGAUCCGACGCAGUUGUGUGCGGGUGGUGAGUCGGGAAUCGAUACAUGCCGUGGUGAUUCGGGUGGCCCUCUGAUGUUUCAGGACGAUGUAAAUGGUAAAGCGGCUUACUAUCUAAUUGGUGUUGUAUCGUAUGGUCCAACACCGUGCGGUUUAAGUGGUUGGCCAGCGAUAUACACUAGAGUUGGCGCUUUUGUAGACUGGAUUGAAAGAACAAUGCACGUCAUACAAAUAAUCUUUGACUUUGGACGCAACAAGAACCUCACAAUACACAACAACAACAACAACGACAAAGGCUGGCUUCGUGUUAACAGUAAGCAGCUUCAGUUCAAUAUGAUAAAACCGGUGUUAAUUAGCGUCUUCUACAUUGGUGCUUUUCUGUGCGGUUUAUCAGCACUUAGCAAUGCCAUUGCCCUACCCGUUGACUUGCCCAAAUGUAAUUGUAUACCCGUGAAAGAGUGCGAACCAAUCGCAUACUUGCUCUUGAAUCACAGGCCGCAGGAAGCAGACAUAAUAUACAAAAUUGUGCAGAGUGCCGGUUGUGGUUAUGCCGGUCUUGAGCCGCUUGUCUGCUGCCCCACCACUUAUGCUAACCACAAAGCAACGACGCGCGUGCAUGCAACAGAAAUCGAUACAUUCGGUAGAACAGAUCCCGACGAAUGGGUGUGGGAUAGUGCCCAAUUGCCCACACGCUUUGAUACAUUCACAGAAAAGUUGAUGACAGCCAGCUCAAUGGAUAGCAGAUCAACCAAAGGCAGAUCAAACAUUUUUUACGAAGAAACGGAUAUAUUUGAUUUUAAGGAUCCAAAGACGCAACGAAAUUUUCCACAUUCUUUCAAUGAAGAAUUUGUUGAAUUCCAUAAAAAUGAUGAAGAUAAUGGACAGCGCGGUUGUGGUAAGGAUAGGCAAAAACAGUUCAAGCCUAUAACGGAUGUGCAAUGGCAUCCCAUUGACGGGCAUAAAUCUUUUUCGCAUCACCAGCGCGAUCAAGGACACGGACAUGUUAGCAUACACGAUUAUGACCAUUUUGAUGAAGAUGAAUAUCCUCGCAUAAUUUUUAGACCUUUAAAUGAUGGCGCUAUUGUAUAUCCAGACGAUAGACGUUUAAAUCGCCCACUAAAGUUUCCGAUGCAGCGACCGACGUCGACAACGACAACGACCACAAGCACGACACCUACUACAACAACAACGACCUCAACAACAAAGAAGCCGUCCAUCAAACCAACGGAACAGCCCAAAGUCAACACAGCGCGUUGUGGCAUACCGGCAGUCGACGCUGCAAGUGGUGAACGCGUAUAUCCAUGGAUAUCACGAAUAGCUUAUAUUAACAAAACAAAUAAUUUUAUUAGCUAUCGUUGUUCUGGUUCCGUUGUAAGUCAAUCGCACAUCCUGACAGCUGCACACUGCGUCGUUAACCUAGUGAACGAUCUGCGACUCUCUCACGUGCGCAUCGGUGGUGUGGCACUUUCCACUAAUUGCACGGCCAGCACUUAUUUUAGCAACUGCUUCAUCGCUUCACGCACCUUUCAAAUCGCCGAAGUGCGCGUGCAUCCCAGCUAUGAUCAACCUAAGUACGCCAAUGAUAUUGCAUUGGUAAAAAUCGUCGGCGAAGCGAAUGACUACACACCAAUCUGCUUACCUCCAAAUCUGUCUGCUUCUGUACGAGAUCAGCUUAUAGGCAGCCCGGGAAUUGCACUCGGUUGGACAGCGGAUAUUGAAGGCAAUGAUACAAGUAGCCCAAGAGUACGUUACCUCAGCUUACCAAUAGUGAAUACAACUGAGUGCGCUAUCACCUAUGCGACAUUCAGUGAGAACUUCAAUGAUCCUAUAGUGAUUACACCAUCACAGUUAUGUGCGCAGGGUGGGCCAAUGAAUGAUGUCUGCCGAGGUGACAGUGGUGGCCCGUUUAUGGACGAGGGCUCUUCCGGUCUAAUAAAUUCAAGUGGGCGUCACUCUUUAUUGGGUAUUGUAGCUUUUGGACCAACUAAAUGUGGAAUGUCUAAUAUACCUGGAGUUUACACGCGCUACAAGAUCCCAAUCUUUCACAAAACGAUCGCGCAUACUUGCGUAGCAGUCAAUGCGGAUAUCGUAAUCGUAAAAUAUGCUGCCCCCCCUCAAUAUCUCACACAAAGUGCCACUACGCCUGCGCCGCCCUUGCCGCCAGUCACUCCCGCACCCGCACCCGCACGUGCACCUGUCCCAGUCCACGCAUCGCCAGCUGCCGUGCUGUUUCCGCAAUCUAGCGGUGCAGCACCAGCAAGACGCCCAGCGAAUAGCCUAAGCAGUGGCAUCGUCAGUGGCGGCAGCAGCAUUGCUUCUUCGCUACCUCAAUUUCCUCAAUGUGGCAAUGUGCUUGACAACCGUAUUUAUGGUGGCACCGAGACAGCGAUUGAUGAAUUUCCUUGGACCGCCUUGAUUGAGUACACGAAACCUGACGGUGUAAAGGGGCACUAUUGCGGUGGCGCUUUGAUUAGUGACCGCUAUGUGGUAACAGCGGCUCAUUGUGUUAAACCUAGUGAUCUCCCUGCUAGUUGGUCCUUGACUGGCGUUCGUUUGGGCGAAUGGGACACUCGCACUGAUCCCGAUUGCAACAAAGAGGGUUGCGCGCCAACUCAUAAAGAUAUUACCAUUGCACAGAGUAUGCCACAUCCGGAUUAUGCGAAUCACAAUGAUCCCAAUGACAUUGCAUUAUUACGUCUUAACGAGUCCGUACGAUUCACAGAUUUUGUUAAACCAAUUUGCUUACCCAUCACCCAAAAUUUACGCAUGGACACUUUUGUCAAUACUGCAAUGGAUGUAGCCGGUUGGGGUUCAACGGAAAAGAGUCAAAGUAGUCCCGUUAAGUUGAAGGCCACAUUAAAGGUUAAGGAUUUAGAUGUAUGUCGUCAGAAGUAUGCGCAAUUGAAUGGCAUACGAUUGGAUCCGACGCAGUUGUGUGCGGGUGGUGAGUCGGGAAUCGAUACAUGCCGUGGUGAUUCGGGUGGCCCUCUGAUGUUUCAGGACGAUGUAAAUGGUAAAGCGGCUUACUAUCUAAUUGGUGUUGUAUCGUAUGGUCCAACACCGUGCGGUUUAAGUGGUUGGCCAGCGAUAUACACUAGAGUUGGCGCUUUUGUAGACUGGAUUGAAAGAACAAUGCACGCAUAGAGAUACGCGAGUAUCUAAGUACAUAUUUUGAAAUAAAGUUGUUACCCAAAGCUAUGCAAAUGUAUGUAAGAGUUUUCCAAAAUAUUAAAAAAA